AUGAGUAUAGACUUUUAUCAAUAUACAACAUUAAUUGAAAGUGAUAUUAAUAAAUUAUUUAAUAAUAAAUAUGAUAUUAUAAGAAAAUUAGGUAGUGGUUUAACUUCAAAUGUUUAUUUAUUAGAAAAAAAUCAAAAUAAUAAUUGUCUAGAUUAUGGUCAACAAUGUGUUAUAAAAAUUUGUAAACAAACAAAAUAUUUAUCAUUAUAUUUAAAUGAAAUUAAAAUAAUGAAAGAAUUAAAUAUUUCAAAUAGAUUUAAUUUGUUCUUUGAAAAUAUUAUAGAUUCAUCACCAACAGGUAAUUUUAUAUUAUAUCAAAAUGAAUUGCAACCUGUAAAAGUCUUAAAAUUAAAUCAAUCAAAACAACUUAUUGAUAUAAUUCAAUAUUUAUAUGAUUGUCAUAUAAUUCAUCGUAAUUUAGAACCCGAAAAUUUAAUGUUAGGUAAUUGUCGUCAACAAUUAAAAUUAAUUGAUUUUAAUUAUGCUAAAAUAUAUCAAAUCAAUGAAAUGACAAAACCAUUAUCAAUAGAAGGUUCAAUUACAUUUACUGAAUAUCAAUGUCUUCAUUUUAUUUCUCAUUUCUCAUUAUUUGAUUCAUUAUCUUCAAUUUAUGAUUAUUAA